AUGGCUCGGUAGUAGAGAGUUGAUGUCUUUUAGUGCUGUACGCCUGUACCUUAACAUCGCUAAAGUACAAGAAACUUUGGAAAAUUUGAUUUCCAAGUUUUGAGUCCUUUGACCAACUGCGUUUCUAGUCAGCUAUUGAAAGAGACUAGACUAGGCUUAGACUGUCGAAGAAAAGGAAAGACCCAUAACAACAAAUUGACUAGUAUACCCUCCUAGAUGUCAUAGAGGCUAUAUAAACACAACAACACACUGGAUAUUGUGGUGGAACCAAAUCUGUAACUCGUAACGUCGCCCGAAUCACCACCUCGUUCACUGUGCAUUUUUUUCUAUAAUAUUUCUGUGGUUUGGUUUUGUUCUUGGUACUUAUUUGGGGAGGAGUUUGUUUCAGGGAGAAUACUACCUUGUAUUUGUUAAUUUAGUUUCUUAAAUUGGAGUUUAGUAGUGAUGGGGGAAAUCAUUCCAAACUUAGAAGAUGGAGAACUAUGGGUUCCUUCUGAUAUUUUACCUGACGAAAGUUUUUCUAAUAAAUUUCACUCUAAUUUCUCUACUCAUCAUCAGCUCAAUGAAUUCAUGGAAGAAGAAGAAGAACCCACUUAUUCUCUUCCACAUCUCUCAACUUACUCUUUGUUUCAGCAAAACCAUGUAGUACCUUCAAUGAAUUUAGACCCCCAUCACUCCAAGCAAAUUAAACUGCAAAAUCAGUUCUAUAGUAUGAGUAGACCACAACCUGAGAUGGGUUUAGGGAUUUAUGGUGAAACUCCUGUUGGUGGUCACUAUCUCAAUUUUUCAGACAAUGGUGGUGGUGGUUGUUCCUGUUACGAAUCAACUGCUCCUCUCCGGUUCCAUGACAGAAAACUUCCUCCUCUACCAAUAGCUGGGGAUAUUUUACAAGCAAGAAGCAGGAUUUUGCAGAGACAACAGAACCAGCAACAACGCUAUCUUCAAAACCACUUUUUGCCAUUGCAAGGAAAUGAUAAUAAUGGGUCAUGGAAUCGUGGAAAUAGGGGUACUGGUGUCUUUAUUCCUCGCACUCCUCCAAACUCCACAGUUGCUAACCCUGGAAAGAAGAAGCAGAGUUAUUGGAAAGGAGAUAGGGGGAGUGUUGAUGCGGGUAAGAGAUUACAAGGCCUGGUCAAAAGAUCCAAUCCACCCACCUACUGAUGAUAUUGAUACAGUAUUUUGAGUCGGUAGUACUGAACUACUGACGAUUUGUACCCUGCUCUGGUA